UCCAUCCAUCCUUAAUUCCAAAGGAUUCUCAUCCUCUCUUGUUUGUUCUCUACGUUCGAACAGUCAAAAUACAUAUAUACUCACGUCGGCAUAAUGCUAAACCUUACAUCGCCGAUACUGUCCGACGGUCUCACCACACGGUCCAUUUCAUGUCCCAACUAUUCGUUACGAGGGUUUGUCAAUCCGAGUUCUAAGCCUAGACCCUUGACCGCUAAACCCCACCAAGAAAUCAAAACACCCCAUUUGUCCGCCGUUGCCGCCAACGCGACCGAGCCCUUGUUGUUCAGUUCUCGUGCCCAUGAGCGCGACCAGAAGGACAGGCGCGACCAGAAGGACAAGCUUGUCGUCAUUAUGGGCGCGACUGGUUCGGGCAAGUCUCGCCUCUCCGUCGAUCUCGCGAACAUUUUCUCGGGCGAGAUCGUAAACUCCGACAAGCUUCAGUUCUACAACGGUUUAGAGAUCACGACCAAUCAGAUGACUGUCCAAGAACGGCAAGGCGUCCCCCAUCACCUCCUCGGGGAGGUUGAGCCCGAGGACGGUGAACUCACGGCUGCGGAAUUCCGUUCCGCGGCUGCUCGAGCCAUCUCGGGGAUCGUCUCACGCGGGAAUCUCCCGAUUCUCGCGGGAGGAUCCAACUCCUUCGUCCACGCUCUCUUGGCCGAGCGGUGGGACCCGGAAACCUACCCUUUUAACGGGAGAGGUUCGAUAUGCUCGGACUUGCGGUACGACUGCUGCUUCAUCUGGAUAGACGUCGCUCCGCCUUUGCUCUUCGAGUACCAUUCGAGACGGGUCGACAAGAUGCUUGAAAGGGGAAUGUUCGAGGAACUGGCCGAGCUCUAUGACCCGAAAAACGACCCGGGAGAGUCCUGGACCCGAAUCGGGCUGUGGAAGUCCAUUGGAGUGCCGGAAUUCGACCGUUACUUCCGGAAAUACCCUCCGCAGAAAACCCGAGAGGCGGCAAACAGAGACGAUUGGGAUGCAGCGAGGAAAAGCGCUUACGAUCGAGCGGUGAGAGAGGUAAAAGAGAAUACGUUUCUUCUGGCGAUGAAGCAGAUAGAGAAGAUUCAGAAGCUGAGAAGUGCAGGUUGGGACAUAAGGAGGGUCGAUGCGGCGGCCUGGUUCCGGUCGGCUCUGAGUUCACCGGACGGAGACGGCGGCAGCGGAGGAAGGAGGUGCAAAGAGAUUUGGGAGAGAGAGAUUCUGGAGCCAUGCGUGGAGAGAGUGAGAGACGAAGUGUUUUGUUUGGGUGAGAAACAAAUGACGGCCACAUAUUAUUAA